AUGGUCAGAAUGAGGAUCCCACCAGCAUGGGAGAGUGCACCCGACAUCUUGAGAACGGAUAUGCCUCAACAAGAUCCACAAGCACGCCCACAAUCGAGAGCGAACCCUCCAUCCAGAUUCAACGAGCGUCGUCGAAACAGAAGACCCGUAUCCAGGCGUGGCACGCAUCCAGAGCAACAAGAGAGCCAAUGGAUCCAUCAUGAAGUCGGACCAUCCCAGCCCAGUCCUACCAGAAUUGGUAUGCCAGAUCCUCCAUACCCAGUCACCCCUCCACCCCUCGAGCGGCCUCAGAGAGGUUUGCCUCAACUUGGCUACAGAGCACCAACACCCCUACCACCUGUGUUGCCUCCAAUUGAAUCAGCUCCGGCUCAGAAGCUGGACAACAAGCCGCCUCGUUUGUCGCAGCGUCAAAGACAAUGUGUACGCCAGCUGGACGCCUCUUUACCAACUCUCAGCCUCUCAGCUCUGGCAUCAGGCUCGAUACUGCUGGUUUCUGCCAUCUUGUUCGUUCGCAGCGUGAUGGCCGGCACUCCUCAUGCAGUUGCUGGAAGAUCGGCGUUGAUAGUCUUCUUCGCUCUUUCGGUGGCCGCUUUCACCAUCUCUUUUAGUUUGAUUCUGGGCGUGCUAUGUCGAAGAGCCCGAGCUACCAAGGGUGCUGUUGCUCGAGCCCAAGCAAGACAAGAAAUUGAGUUGAUGGAACCGAGAUCGCGUGUAAGCGAAGGCAGACUGCCCAUGUACAACACGGGUAGACGCAACGCAAUCUGUGAGAUUCCAAACGAGCUAGGAGUUGUCGUUGGUGUACCAGGGUAUACUGCACCACAGGACCAAGGUAGAGUCAUCAACCGUCGGCUUGCACCGCCUAUUGGAGCUCCUUCGAGACAUCUGUCAGAAGUGCCGUUUUCGCGACCUCCAACACCACAUCCGAGGCCACCAUUGUCGCCGCUCUUCCCUCCUGUGGCCAGCACACCUCCACCACCUAUACCUGAACGUAACCCUGCUCGUCUGCUGGUGGAUGUCAAGAAAAUAGGUGAAGAUACCAACGCAGAUGCUUCGAGCACGACCGCACAGCCCAGUCCUGAGUCUGGCAUCUCCCCAAAGACUGUUCCACCAAAGCCUAUCCCACAAAACAAUCACAACGGUACCGUUUCUGGCCGCUCAACUCAGAUGUUCAAUCAGCACAUGCUUACAGCAGGCACUUGGGAAUUGCAAGCCUAUCUCGAUGCGCCUUCAAACUCCAGCUUGAAUACUCUUGCAGCACACCAGCAUAGCGAAAGAGAUUCGUCUUCCACCGAAGCCAUCAUGAGCAAUGACCGCAGUGUAUACAGCGAAGCCAAUGACCAGAUCGAGGACGAAGAGGAGAGCUACAUUGGUGAAGCAUCAGUGCUAAGUAUACGCAGGGUGGGCAAGGCACGAGAGUGCUACAUUCCAGCCCCGAAGAGCAUCGCAUCUGCGCCCAAGUCUCCCGACACGAAGAAGCAGCGACGCUCGAAUCUCAAGGUGUUUACGGACACUCCAAGACCAGACGGUAAGAGCUUUGAGGUUUACAAGCAUCGAAGCAUGAUGGAGUCAUUGCCAAGUGCACCUCUUCUGCUAUCUGCGCAGAGAAACAGAGACAAUCAACUCGCAGUCAAAAGACCGCACAGCUUGAGUCCGAAAAAGCUGACAGGAUCUGUUGCCAAGCCAAAGGCUGUGGGAUUGGGUAUCUCCAUCGGUAAGGACCAGAAUAAGGAGAAUGUGGACCCUGGUCAGGCUGAAGUGGAAACGUGGAGUGCUUUAGGUGGUGUCUGA